AAUAACCUACACCCGACAACAAUCGAUAUUCUAGCUCUUCAAGAACCCUACAUCGACCACCUUCGAAACACCCGCGCCGGCCGCUACUGGACAGUAGUCUACCCGCCCGGUCACAAAGACGGAGACAAGCCCGCGCGAUCAAUUCUCCUGGUAAAUAAUCAGACUAUGUCUUCCAACACCUGGGAGCCUAUACCUGUUUUGUCUAACGAUCUAACUGCUAUCCGCGUCACCACUGACACUGACACCCUGUAUAUGUACAACAUAUACAAUGACCAGAAACACUCUGACACCCUGCAUCUACUUGCAACGGAGACCAAGAAG